AUGUCAACUAGAUUCCUCACCGUAUUCAUCCUUGCUCAUGUCUGGCUUUUGAUGGCAACAACAUCAAUAGCUCAGUUUGUGAUGGACACAAGCGGCGAACCCGUUGAGGGCGAUGAAGAAUACUUCAUUAGACCUGCUAUCACAGGCAAUGGAGGAGGUUCUACAUUGAUCACCGGAAAUGCCCCAUGCCCUCUGCAAGUUGGUCUUGACAACACUGACUUGGCACACGGUGUGGCAGUGAAAUUCAUUCCUUUUGCCACCCAUCACGAUUUUGAUGACUUAAGGUUUAACAGAGACGUGAGAGUAACAUUUCAAACUUCCUCAAGUUGUGCACAAUCAACAGACUGGAGAUUGGGAGAGAAGGACGCUACGAGUGGAAGGAGGGUGAUUGUGACCGGAAGAGAUGAUAGUACACCUGGAUCAUAUGGUAACUUCUUUAGGAUUGUGCCGACACAAACUGUUGGUAUCUAUAACAUCCAAUGGUGCCCUACAGAGGUAUGCCCUAGCUGUAAGUUUGAAUGUGGGACUGUUGGUGUUAUUCGUGAGAAUGGAAAGAUUCUGUUGGCCUUGGAUGGUGGUGCUCUCCCUGUUGUUUUCCAGAAAGAAUGA